AUGGCUGUCCCCAUGCCUGUACAGAACGGGAAAGGCCCUAUAUUUGAGGAUGGUCCCAAUUUCGAUGCAGCAUUCAAGCUCUUCCAUGGUCAAAAUGGUGUGGUCCCACUUUCUGGAAAGUCUAUUCACAACGAAAUGUCUUUGCCUGAACCACCACCGGCUCAAUUCAAUCCGCUGGCGGCAAAAGCAGCCAGCAUUAGCCUGUCUGGUUUUGGCCCCAGUGGGCCUUUCGGGUUUGAUAGUUUCCUUGGAAAAUGGAAGAAAAACAAGAGCUCAAAUUCCUCCAGAAGCGAAUCUUCUUCAAAGGGAGGGAAAUCCCAACACGAAGCAAUGAGCGACCAGUGGCUGCAAAACGGCAACUGCCCCAUUGCUAAAUCCUAUCGGGCCGUUGGAAAAGUCCUCCCUCUCGUUGCAAAAGCCCUCCAGCCCCCUCCCGGCAUGAAGUUCAGGUGCCCUCCUGCGGUGGUUGCUGCCCGGGCUGCCCUCGCUAAGACUGCAUUCGCCAAGAACCUCCGGCCUCAGCCCCUACCUGCAAAAAUACUCGUAAUUGGCGUUUUAGGUAUGGCGGCAAACAUACCUUUGGGCAUUUGGAGGGAGCACACCGAAAAAUUUUCCCUAUCAUGGUUUGCUGCAGUCCAUGCAGCUGUGCCCUUCAUAGCCAUGCUUAGGAAAUCGGUCCUUAUGCCUAAGACAGCUAUGGCUUUUACGAUUGCAGCUUCGGUUUUGGGACAGGUAAUUGGGUCACGGGCAGAGAGGUACCGCCUGAAAAUGGCUGCGGCCAAUGAACGGGAAAUUGGUGGCGGGCUUUGCAGGGAGGAUGCUGUUUUGGGCCUCGAGGGCGUGCAGGUUCCCACUCGGACAUCAUCGUCCGCUGACGUGUGCGGAUGA